CUGCAACACACGAAUCAAGUUCAACAUGUUGCAGUUUUAAGUUUCUUUCAAAUUAUGAAAUAUUUAUGAAUUUCAUCACAAAAAUACAAGAAUAAGUAUCUUAUGAUGGAGGAAAUAAUUGAGGAAAUCGUUCUUUCUCCCAUCAAAGAGGAAGAACUGCUAGAAUAUCCCCCUUCCUCGCCAAUCGAACUCAUACAAACAAACCCUCUAGACGCGUCCGUCCCCCCAGAAGACCACCUCCAGAUACUGAACCGCUACUGUCGACUAUGUUUGCGAGAAGGAGGAACCCACGCCGAGUCCCCAACCGAGCUGGUCCCGCUGGUGUCUUCCAGCGUAAACUCCGUCCCAGUUCCCGACCUAGUUCUCGCCGUAACCGGGAUCAGCGUAAGAGCGAAUGACGACGCCGGCUUGCCGGGUCGCGUUUGUAUGCCCUGUUUGACGCGGCUGGACCAGGCGUACUGUAUCCGGCGGGACUUUGUCGAGAGCAAUCGGAUUUUGCGCAGCUUCGUCCGGUCGAGGGAUGUUACGGUGGUGGAGGGACUGGAGGCGUAUCAGCGGGGGAGUAUGGUUGGGGGCGGUGAUGCGGAGGAGAAAUUUGAGGUGGAUCAGUUGGAGGAACACCUGGAGGAGGAGGAUGUUAUUGAGGAGGAUGCUGAGCUUGCGGUUGAGUCGGAUGAAGAGGAGGAGGUUUUGGAGAGUGAUGAACAGCCUGAAAGGAAACGUCGUCGGAAUGGUCGCUACAACAUUGAAAUGAAGGAAACGAAGCUAGACCCGAACAAGUGUUACAUCUGCGAAGAAGUGUUUGAAGAUGCUGUACAGCUGAACGUUCAUCUUCCGCAGCACGUAGCGAUGAUCCCGUACAGUUGUGAGCAGUGUGAAGCUGAGGGUGGCGAUCGGAAGAAGUUGACUUCGUUGAUUCUUCUCCAUAGGCACUUCCGAAUGCACGCCAGUUCGAUACGGUGUCCGCAGUGUCCGUUUCGGACCUGCACGGCAGCCGGUUUGUACAAUCACAUGAAGAAUCAUUCGGAUGUAAUCGAUGGCUUGGAGUACACGUGCUCGGUUUGCGGACUUCAGACCAAGAGUAAACGAAGCUUCGACAAUCACAUGCGCAACCACAAGGCCGUGGACGAGGGUCGAUACCAGUGUCAGUACUGCGAAAAGAAGUUCGGGACGAACUCUAGGUUGAUCAGACAUGAACGUGGUCACACCAACGAGCGACCAUAUCGCUGUCGAUACUGCACGAAAGACUUCACCAACGAAACUUCACUCAACGCGCACGAACGAACCCACACUGGCGAACGAGGUUACCGUUGCGAGCUGUGCGACAAAGCCUAUCGCACGGGAACUUCCCUCAAAGAGCACGUGGCCGCAGUUCACAGCGUUCCCGCCACAUCCAAACCAAAAAGACCCCACGACAAAUCGUCCAAGUCCACCCUUUUCGCGGAACCAGCGAGUUGCGACGUCGAAGGGUGCUCCUUCGCCACCAAGUCCCGCGCCAAGUUCUACAACCACAAAGCGCGCCACGAUCUGCGCUUCCACUGUGCGCACUGCUCGGAACGGUUCCCGUCGCGCCAACGGCUCGACCAGCACACGUUCGUGCACACGGGCGUGAAACCGUUCUGCUGCGAGCAGUGCGGAAAGUCGUUCCGCUUCCGGGCCAGCUUCAACGAACACCUGGACAGCCACAGCAACGUGCGGCCGUACGCUUGCGAGCAGUGCCCGAUGGCGUUCGUGCGCGAGCGGACGCUCAAGGAGCACCGGCUGAAGCACACCGACGAGAAGAAUUAUGAAUGUCGCCACUGCGGUAAAAAGUUCAAAUAUCGUGCGGAUCAGUCAAAACACGAACGAACGCAUGCGGAUGAACUCACCAGAGUUGAGGCUUGUGACUAAGGUAUGUUAGGAAUUAAAUCAUGAAAGUUGCUCUCUUUA